CCAGGACGAUGGCAGCCGGCGCGGCCCUCGCCCUGGCCCUGUGGCUGCUACUGCCGCCAGUGGGGGUGGGAGGGGCGGGACCCCCGCCGAUCCAGGACGGGGAGUUCACGUUCCUGCUGCCCGCGGGGAGGAGGCAGUGUUUCUACCAGUCGGCGCCGGCCAACGCAAGCCUCGAGACCGAGUACCAGGUGAUAGGCGGUGCGGGGCUGGACGUGGAUUUCUCCCUGGAGAGCCCUCAGGGUGAGCUGCUGGUCAGCGACUCCCGCAAGGCCGACGGGGUGUACACGGUGGAGCCCACGGAGGCCGGGGACUACAAGCUGUGCUUCGAUAACUCCUUCAGCACCAUCUCCGAAAAGCUGGUGUUCUUUGAAUUCAUCUUUGACAGCCUGCAGGACGAGGAGGAGGUCGAGGACUGGGCCGAGGUCGUAGAGCCCGAGGAGAUGCUGGAUGUCAAGAUGGAGGACAUCAAAGAGUCCAUCGAGACCAUGAGGGCCCGGCUGGAGCGCAGCAUCCAGGUCCUGACGCUGCUGCGGGCUUUCGAGGCACGGGACCGCAAUCUCCAGGAGGGCAACCUGGACCGCGUCAACUUCUGGUCGGCGGUCAACGUGGCCGUGCUGCUGCUCGUGGCCGUGGCACAAGUCUGCAUGCUCAAGGGCUUUUUCCAGGACAAGCGCCCCGUGCCCACGUAGCCCCUGCUGCUCCCCGAAAGGAGAUCAGGGAGAAGGAGGGGUGGCAGGCGUGUGAGUGUGAGACUUAGCUUCCCAGGGAGGCCAGGCCGUGUCCCAGGCGUGGCCCCUGCAUGUGACCUCACGUCUGGGGCUGGGAAGGGAAUGCCAGUGCCUUGCAGGCCUGGGCCCUCCGGAGGGAGAGUCAGGGCCAGGCCUCGCUGCUUUCCCGGAAAUUGUGCAUGGUGGGCUUGGCGGCAUUUGAAGGCAGCCCUUUGGGUUUUUCUUCCUGCCCCCUGCCUCUGUCCCCUCCUGUAAACGUGCCUUAGCUCGAGACUUCCAGCCGGCACAGUGCCCAGGAAGGCCCAGGAAGCAACGCUUUUCCUUCCGUGGCCCGCCUUGUAGCGGUGGGAGGGGCCUGCUGCUUGUGGGACCCAGGCCCGCCUUCCUCUCCCCCCCAGAGGUGCUGAUGCUGUGGGUGGUUUCCAGGCUGGGGGACAGGGGUGCGUGCCAGGAGCCGGGAAGAUGCCACAGCAGUAUUUUAGCCUGGACAGUCACUUUAUGAGACAGGAAGGGGCUGGACUGGGGUGGCUGUGGGGUCUGGUAACAGAGCUCCUGGAGGGUGGCCUGCAUCCCUCCCCCACCUCUGCAGGGGACCCCCAAAGGGCUGAGGGGUGGCCCCGGGCCAGGCCCAGUCUGGAGCCUUAAGGAACAAAACACGAGUUAUGGUCUGUGAGCCGCUGUCAAUAAAUCAUGGUCAG